GACAUCUCCUCCUCCAUCGUCUAGGACAUCUCCACCUAUGUCAAAGACAUCUCAUCCAAUAUUAUGGUCAUCGCCGCCAAUCUCAAGAACUUCAAGCUCUCUUUCAGAGACAACACAGACAUCUCAGAGAGUCUCGUCCUCGCAGGGCUCACGGGUAUCGUCGAAUGAGUCACCGAGAGAGGAUCGUCGUAAAUCUCCCAAAAAGUCAUCUUAUCGCCGAUCCUCUAGUCCGAAGUCAUCAUCAUCCACUUCCGGUACAUCGACUCCCAGACCUCUCUCCAAACCGAAGGCUUCAGUUCAUGGCUCCUCUCACAAGGCAUCUUCCACUCGAUCAUCUCCUCCUAAGUCCACACCUACCAAGAUGAGUUCUUCUCAGAACUCUUCAAAAAAGGCGUCCUCAGAGUCCUCUCAGACGACCAAACGAGUCAGAUUCUCGUCACCUAUCUCCGACAUCGAUCGUUCGUMUAAUCCAUCGCUUUCAACGUGCUCUCGAGCUCCAGUACUCUUAGCUACUUGUAAAGCCUUUGCCAUUUCUUCAAAUGGAUCGCCUAAAUUAGUACGUCUUCUCAUUGAUCCUGGAUCAGAGUUGACAUUAGUAUCCUCUAAAAUCAUAGCUAAGCUAAAGCUUAGCUGUUCUCCAGGAAACAUAUCUAUCCAGGGUGUGGGUAGUACAUCUCCAGGAGCGACCCAAGAUCAAGUGUCCUUGGUCCUCCAAUCGACAUACUCGUCAUCUCAGGUUCAUCUUAAGGCAUUCAUUUUGCCAAAAAUCACAUCUCAGUUGCCGUCGUCUGUAAUAUUAGAGCAAGAUUGGCCUCAUCUCAGAUAUCUUAAGUUAGCGGAUCCUGACUUUCUCACUCCAGAUCACAAUAACAUUCUCAUUGGUGCUGAUAAUUUUAGAAGAGUUAGCAAGUCCUCUCGCCUUGUUAUGGGAGGCGACUCAGAACCUAUAGCUUUCCACACCAGAUUCGGUUGGGCAGUUCUAGGCGCGACUUCCAGCCCGAGCAAGGUCGAUCCUCGCAAAAUUUGCCAUGCCAUCUCUAACGAAACUGUUGAUAAAGCUCUAACGAAAUUCUGUGUUCAGGAAGAAGUCUCAUCUUCCCCCGCGUCAACCAUGAGUCUCGCUUAA